GUAGCGGAGCCCUCUGGCUCUGUGGAGUGUGUGAGUGGAUGUGAGCCGCCGCCAGGACCGCGGACGGUUUGCUGAGCCCGUUAGUGCCGCUGGCCCAGACGCCCGCCGCCAUGUCUCGCUACCUGCGCCCCCCCAACACGUCUCUGUUCGUCAGGAACGUGGCAGACGACACCAGGUCUGAAGAUUUACGUCGGGAAUUUGGUCGUUAUGGUCCAAUAGUAGAUGUUUAUGUCCCACUUGAUUUCUACACUCGACGUCCAAGAGGAUUUGCAUAUGUUCAAUUUGAGGAUGUUCGAGAUGCUGAAGAUGCUUUACAUAAUUUGGACAGAAAAUGGAUUUGUGGCCGUCAAAUUGAAAUACAGUUCGCACAGGGAGAUCGGAAGACACCAAAUCAAAUGAAAGCCAAGGAAGGGAGGAAUGUGUACAGCUCUUCACGAUACGAUGACUAUGAUCGAUAUAGACGUUCUCGGAGCCGAAGUUAUGAAAGGAGAAGAUCAAGAAGUCGCUCUUUUGAUUACAACUAUAGGAGAUCUUACAGUCCUAGAAACAGUAGACCGACUGGAAGACCACGGCGUAGCCGAAGCCAUUCCGACAAUGAUAGAUUCAAACACCGAAAUCGAUCUUUUUCAAGAUCUAAAUCCAAUUCAAGAUCACGGUCCAAGUCCCAGCCCAAGAAAGAAAUGAAGGCUAAAUCACGUUCUAGACCAAACUGCAGCUGGAAUACCCAGUACAGUUCUGCUUACUACACUUCAAGAAAGAUCUGAAAGCGGAAAAAAGAACCAAAGAAGGGCAGUUCAAGCGACCAAAGGGUGGGUGGAAGGUGCUGCAGUAUGAAUACUGUACGAAUAUUUUGACUCUGGUCUGAAAAGAUAAAAGAAUUAUCGAAAACUACAUGGAAUAAUUGAAGUCCCUUCAAGUUUGAAAGUAAGCAUUUUAGGACAAAUAAAAGGAAAUUCAACUUUGUACUUGUGGAAACUAAUCCCUAAAUAUGAAGAGGUAAUAUUGACUCAUGGGUGGCAGAUCCAUGAUAAGUUAUUGGAAACUAGGAUGUCUGAAUAUCAAGGAAGACAGCCAUAGUCUCUAACAGUGCCUCUCUUGGUCUGUCUCACACUAAAUUGGAUGGUAAAGGUAUGGUCCAGUAUAAAGUUUUUCUUGGUUAUCUCUUAAAGGUCAGUUCCACUCAUACCAGUGUUGGCAGGUCUUGCCUUCGUUUAUUCCAGUGCCAGUAUUUUCUGCUUAACUGUUUGUUUUGUUGGCAUCUGAGUUAUUGUAUACCAUGUGCAGUUUACAUCUAACCACUCCUUCCCAGGUUAAUUCCACUUAUACUUGACAUCCAACCAUGAGGGCCCAUCUCUUUCUCACCUCUUGCCUAGACAGUAUGUUCAACACACAUUUACUGAACCCUUACUGUCAGCAAAACAUUAUACUGGAUAAUUGGAGAAUAGAUAAUUAAUUUAGUUAAGUAUCUACUGAGCACAAUCUAGAGAAUCAUUACAGUAUGGCCACAUCUUGAGUGUAUUGUGGUGGUACUUCAUGCCGUUCAUAUCCUAAUAUAAUUAUAAAACACAAUAUACUAUCAAAGAUAAGUAAUUUUAUGGUUGUCUGCCAUUUUAAAUUGCCUACUAUUUGUAUCCCAAAACUACAAAUAAUGGAGAAAACCUGUGAUAAGCAGAUUUGUUGUGCAGUGGUUAAUAUACUAGAGUAAUACUAAAUUGUUAACUCCUGGCUCAGGCAAACAAAUAGAUAAUCCCCAAAAUAACAAGUAUUUAACUUUGUAUUAAAGCAGACCCUGGGUGCUAUAAUUAGAUUUUGAGGCAGACAGCUGUUACCCCAUGGACUUAACUAUAUUCUGUAUUGGAAAAAAAAUUGUUUACCAGAUCAGACUUUUAGUGAUCUACUUGUACAUUUUAUAGGGGACAUAUUCUGUGUGUAUAGUUAAUAACUUUAUAGUGUUAUAAAAUGUUUUUGAUUCCUUGGUUCCCUGUUAGGAUAUGAAGCUUGUUUAUCAUAACAUUGAUUCCAUCACUUUUGAAUUUUUGUUGUAUUUUUGCCACAUUUAAACUGUCAAAAUCUGGAAAGUGUAAAGCCUUUUAUAACAAUUUCUAAAAUGUGGUAGGAUUAUUACACAUAAAUGAAGGGAGGUAAAAUGAAGGUUAUUUUAUCUGUGUUAAAAACAAACUUUUUUUAGUCUGCCCUAACUUAAGAAGGCAGGAGGUACCAGGUGAGAAUUAAAAUUUUGGCUUCAUUUUUGUUGCUGUUUUUAUUUUGAAUCAAGUUGGAAAUGCUUUUAUAGUUUUAUUUUCAAGGACACAAUAAAAAUUGAUAAAAACUGAA